AUGGGUGAAGUGAGGGGCUGCUCUGCAUCGGGUGCAUUGUUUCUGCACCCCGGCUACCCACAGGCCAUAGACCUGGCCUUGCUGAAGCUGAAACAGGAGCUGCUGCUUGGAGAGGAGGUGAUGCCUAUCUGUCUGUCCCAGAAGGACUAUGUGCACUCAGGGCAGGUGGGCUACACCUCAGCCUGGAGCUGCAGUGCCGCCUUUGGCUUCUCUGACAUGCUGAAGUAUGUGAUGCUGCCAGCGGCUGAGAAUGAGCAGUGCUAGGAAUACUACAGUACCUGGAAUAUGUCCUGGGUCCAGCCCCUUCAUGGCAAUGGCACCUUCUGUGUGGGCAGGAGUGAGCUGAGGCAGGACACCUGCUGUGGGGAUGCAGGCGGAGCCUUUGCCCUGCAGCGUCCCGAUGACAACACUUAAUAUGCAGCUGGUAUCGUCAGCUGCGACAAGACCUGCAUAGCUGCGAAGUGUGGCGUGGAUGUGGACAUGAAGCAUGUCCUGGCCUGGGUGAAGGAGACAGUAGCAGAUGGCUGAGGCAAAACA